ACAGUACCUGUCACUGUCCCAAAUAUGAGUUUCAUUAAAGUACCAAAACUGACCUUAAGCAAUGGCAGGGAAAUCCCCGUUGUAGGUUUAGGAACAUGGAAAACUAAACCAAACGAAAUACCUUCAACCAUCAAGAAAGCUCUUAAAAUUGGUUAUCGGCACUUUGACUGCGCGCCUGUGUAUAACAAUCUAAAAGAACUUGGAAAGUCAUUGGACCAGGCUAUAGAUAAGAACGUUGUCACUAGAAGAGACCUAUUUAUCACGUGUAAAUUGUGGAACACCUUUCAUAGGCCCGACUCUGUGGAAAUAGCCAUAAAGCAAAGCUUGAGCGAUCUCCGUACGAGCUACAUCGACCUUUAUCUAAUGCAUUGGCCGAUGGCGUACAAAGAGGGCGAAAAGUUCAUUCCUUUAGACAGCAGAGGCAACGUCGAAUUCAGCUCCGUACACUUCGUAGAUACUUGGAAAGCCAUGGAGGUACUCGUACAACGCAACCUUGCCAAGUCUAUCGGUGUAUGCAACUUUAAUAAGAGACAGAUAGAAAAAAUAAUCCAAUCCGCGAAAAUUCCUCCGGUAAUAAAUCAGGUUGAAUGUCACCCAUUUCUGAACCAAGAAAACUUGUGGCACUUCUGCAACUCGCACAACAUCACAAUAACGUGCAACAAUCCGUUGGCAUUGCCCGAACGAUUCGUUCCCGAUCUGGAACAAGCGAACCUACUAGACACGCCCCUACUGUAUAAGAUAGGUCGAAGAUACCGUAAGACUGCCGCACAAGUGGUCUUAAAGUAUCAGCUCCAACGGAGAAACGUCGUCAUUCCCCGGACGACGCACGGGGAUCAGCUACACGAAAACCUGAACCUGUUCGAUUUCGAAAUGGACGAGGACGAGAUGGCCGCGAUGGGAACGCUAAACAAAAAUCUCCGGUACAUACAGUCAAUUAGAAAAAACGAUAGUAAGCAUCCCGAGUACCCAUUUAAAGACCCAUUUUAAAUUAUAAUAUGUAAUCGUGCGG